AUGGCCGUCCAGACCCAUCCUGGCCUAAGCAACGCGACCGCUGCCUCGUCACAACAGUACGGUCAGAGCAAUCCGACCUUUAGUACGGUUCGGCCAUUCCAACAGCAACACAUUACAGGCGUCGUUAUUUCCAUCAGACUCCCACCUUUAGUACGGUUCGGCCAUUCCAACAGCAACACAUGCACACCCCGGUCAAACCUACGGCGCUUAUCUGGUGCCGCCCGGCUCGGUCGCAAUGGCCGAACCCCCGGUUCAAGUCGCCCAGCAGAUAAGGCCACAAAACAAGGGGCAACAAGUUCUGCGGCCGGUUGCUGCCCAGCAAGAAGCGGCCCCUCAGGGACUCUGAUUCGAAGACGUCCGUGA